AUGAUACUGACCCGGUCUCAAGCAAGAGCGCAAACAACACAACCAGCACCAGGUAGCACAUUAAUGACGGAACUCAAAGAAGCAUUGAAAUCCAUCGAGGUUUUUAGCGGUGAAAAAGGUGUGGAUACUGCUCAAUGGUUACGAGAAGUUGAAGGAAAAUUUCGAUGUGGAGAAGCAUUUGAAUGGUGGGAUUUGGUACAAGCAAAUAUUGAGACCUGGGAAAUUUUCAAAGCACAGAUACUCAUUCGCUUUCCAUCAACCACAAAUUCAUUUAUAGAGGGUAUUAAUGGUAUUAGUGUUAUUCAUUUAUAG